CUAGUUUCUAGUUUUCUAGUUCCUCAAAUACAAGUCAUUCAAAUUCACAAAAUGACUUGUAAUUUAAACAGCAUUCCCAAAUUAAAUUCUGAAUGAUGUGCAAGUUGGUGUUUCUUUAUUUUUAAUGUUUUUUAAACAAUCAAGUGGAAUAGUUCCUCCGUGACGCAGCCAUACCUGCUGAAAGGUGUGGUUAGGUGGAGCAUGUUUUUGUAUGUACGUAAUAAUCUGUGCGUAGAGAGAGGAAACAGACUGCAAGUCGUGAACACAGCAAGAAAACCACAGGACAUGGAAGGAGAGUCGGACAUAGACACAUCGUCUGACUCAGAAUCUGAAUCAGAAUUUGAUCCUAAGAGCAGCACAGGAUCUGACAGUCUGAGUGAGAAUGACAGCGCAGAAGCAAAACAAGGGAAAAAAAGGAAACUGAGAAAACGUAACUGUAAACAGACAGGGCCGUCUUCCCUCUGUACACCCAAGAAGAGACAAGCCGAAGACUCCAGCCAGUAUUUGAUACAAACAUUUGGAAACAAAACUGAACUUCCUGUCACAUGUGGAGAUAAAGACGGUAUCCUGCAUGUGGAGAAAUAUAUUGACAGUAAAGUGGAGAAGUGCAUCUUAAGUGAAGACCAGUGGUUCAAGCCCAACGAGUUUGAGAGAUUUGGAGGAAAAGGGAGAAACAAAAAAUGGAAGACCAGCAUCUUUUGUGAUAUUUUUCCACUCCAGAAACUCAUAGAGGCUGGACUUCUGUCAUCCUUUAAGAAAAGCCGGAUUCAGAAUAAACAGAUUGAUUCUCCUGACUCCUCACCUGUUGCUGACAGACUCAGAAAUAGAAAGUGUCAGAGACAGCUUUUCCCCUCCUGCUCCGAAUCAAACAGCAGGAACGAUGUUGACAAUGGUGACGUUGUUGAUGAGGAUGAUAAAGAUAUCAUUGACAUGACCAUGUUUGAAGAUCUAAUUCUAUCUGUUACCUGUGGUUCUGGCUCUGGCAUCCUACACAAAUGGCGCUUUGCCACAGGGCGUUGUGGGAGAUGCAUAAGAACAAAAGACUUCUGGCUGACCCCUGAGGAUUUCAUCAGACUAAACAAGCCAGAUGGAACAUGGAGAAAAGACAUUUUAUCCAAUGGGAUACCUCUGGGGAAACUUAUAAUGAAAAGAGUUUUGGAACUGCAUAUGAUAACCUGCGAUUGUAAGAUCUGUGAAGACCUGGAUCAGGACCUACAGAAUGAUGACAUGUGUUACGUGUGUGACUCUGAGGAAGAUCUUUUGUGUUGUGACGAGUGUCCACGAGCUUUUCAUUCACUCUGUCACCUACCAGCUGUACAUGAAGACUCACCUGGAAGCCAGUGGAGCUGCACUUUUUGUGUGAUGAAGAAGAUGGAAGGUUCCAAUCAAAAGACCCUACAGGAUGUUUUGAGCAGUCCAGUCUCUCAGUACACACUGCACUGCCAGUACCUGCUGUUACACCUGCUACACGAGAGCAAAACCAAUGUUCCAGGAUUCAGUGAGAACAUUUUUGGUCUGGGCAGAAUGAAGCUGAAGUUGGAGAAUAAUGAUUAUCAAACAGUGCAAGAGUUUGUCACAGAUAUUGAACUGAUUUUCAACAACUGUUGCACUUCCAGUGAAGGCAGUGACUUGAGUAGAAUGACCUCAAGGCUGAAGGAAGUAUUCAAGAGGGAGUUUGAAACCAUCUUUAAGCUCCUAUAACACCAUGCUGUGGGUUGUUUGUCAAUAUGUCAGUACUGUUUCGCAGAGCGCACUCUUGAAGUGUUGCUAUGUCCACAUAUUAUAAGCGAUGGCUACAACUCUGGUGUGUGUUCUUUAAAUUGUGGAAUUUGUAAAUGCAGUUGUCACUACCUGAAUCUUCAGGAGUUCAUUCAGUUGUAUAACACAGUUGUAACUCCUGUAAAUGACUUAGAACAUGAUUAAGCACUAAAAGGUGAAUUGACAAGUAAAUUUAGCUGCAGUGUGUACAUGGCCAAAGAAACACAAUGCUGUUUU